UUUAAUUCAUGCAUUAAGCGAGUUAAUUAUCUUUUGAACAAAACUUACAAUCACUCAUCAUAUCGUCUCAUUCAAUUAACUUAUUCGAAGUGUGGAAUUCGUAACGAGAUUUUCAUUAAAAUUUUUUCUAGUGCACUCGUGAUGCUAGUGCAUUUUUUGUUUUAUUAAUUUUUUUUUGAGAUUUUUUUCGAGUGCGAGAUUAUUUUUAAUUAAUUUAUUAAAAUGCCCGGUGAAAGUUCUUGGAUUUAUCGUGUAAUGAAGCAGCUAAAAAAUGAAUGCAACCGAGUACGAAGUAUACAACACAUUCUAUCUCGUAAAAAACAUGCCGCCUUAUCUCACGCCAGCAACGAAAAGGAUACGAUACCAAAGUUUGGAACAAUUUUUACCGAGCAUAUGUUACAAAUGGAAUACGACAAGAGUUGCGGUGGUUGGCAAAGCCCCAAAAUUACACCUUUCGAAAACAUCAACCUGCAUCCGGCUGCCAAAGUGUUGCAUUAUGCAACAACGCUUUUCGAAGGAAUGAAAGCCUAUCGUGGAGUAGACGGUAAAAUCAGAUUAUUCAGACCUCAGUUGAAUUUACAACGAUUGAAUCAAUCAGCGAUUCGAGCCUGCCUACCUAGAGUCGAUACACACCUAUUGCUGAAUUAUUUAGAAAAACUGAUUAAUAUCGACGAGCAGUACAUACCUAUGGCGGAAAAUGCCAGUUUAUACAUCAGACCAACCUUAAUCGGAGUCGAUCCAACAUUAGGCGUCAGUUCCAUUUCCAAAGCGUUAUUUUACGUGAUAUUGAGUCCUUGCGGUCCUUACUUUGAAACAGGUUCGAAACCUGUGAGACUAUACGCAGAUGGGAGUUUUGUUAGAGCAUGGCCCGGAGGCUGUGGCAAUGUAAAAAUGGGAGCAAAUUACGCCCCUUCAGUCUACGUUCAAGAGCUAGCUGCUAAAAAAGGUUGCCAACAAGUAUUGUGGUUAUUUGGUGAAAAUGAACAAUUAGCAGAAGUUGGCACAAUGACCAUAUUCGCUUUCUAUAUUAAUGAUAAAGGAGAGAGAGAAUUACUCACACCUCCGUUAGACGGUACGAUUUUGCCAAGUAUUACACGCCGAUCUUUGCUGGAAAUCGCUCGCGACUGGAAUGAAUUCAACGUGGUCGAAAAACCUAUCACAAUGAAAGAAAUCAUCUCCAUGAAAAAACAAAAUAAAUUACUGGAAUUAUUUGGAACUGGUACAGCCUGCGUAGUAUGCCCGAUAUCGGAAAUAUUGCACAAAGAUCAACUUAUUCGAAUACCAACUUGCGAGCACAUAAAUCCAAUUCAUCAACGUUUUCUCAAAACAUUAACCGAUAUACAAUUCGGUCGAACACAGCACGAAUGGGCUCAUAUCAUUAGGCCCUCUAAUAUGUAUACCGAAGACUACAGAAUGCAAUUAGCUUAUUAAAAUUUUAAAAAGUGUACGUACCUGCUUCCUCUUCUCCUCUCUCUCCCUCUACGAUCAUUUCCGAUUCGUGUAGGUAUAAGUAAUUUGCAUAUCAUAUCGACUAGGUACAUACUUCUGUAAAUGCAGCAAUGUACCUAUAACCUCUUUAAAUACCUACCUUCACAUAUUCCUUAUUGUACAUAUCGAAUCAAUGUCACAGCAACAUUUUAAGUAUUAUUUUUAAAAGUAUUUUUAUCUAAAAAAAAAAAAAAAAAAAAAAUGUAAAUUUCCAGUAACUUAAUGUUAUUUUGCUACAUUUAUUUUACCACUGAGACGAACGAUUUUUCGUUCGUCGAAAAUACAAUACAAAUCUCGAAUAGAUAGAUGCUUCUACAGAUACAUUGAAAUGUUUUGUCAAAAUUUGUGUAACAAGUACAUACCAUUCACCUACAUACCUAAUAAUUUCAUUUCAUUUUUUAUAACCAUUUUUGAUCGAAUAAAAAUGACUUAUUGGCAGUAUUUUCAAAAUUGUAGGAAUUCCUAUUCUUAUAGGCGACUAUUUUUAUAAUUUUUAUAGUUGAUACGAAUGAAAAAAUACCUUCUCUUAUUUAUUUUAUUCCCGAGUAUUGACGCCGGUAUACAAUUACCUUACUUAAUUCAUAAUUUUCUUCUCGAGUAAUUAUUUUUGUAUAGAUGAUAGAGACUUAUCACUGUAUCCAACACAUACGUACCUUUUUUUUGUAUUUAAUAUAAACUUUUAUUUAUU